GCGCCGGGAGGUGGAGCAGUUGAGAAAACCGGCGGCCCAGCUGUGAGCUUUCCCCGGCAGUGGACGGAGUAGUGGAGGGGCUCUUGGCACCUCCCCAGCCUGCGCCCAGAUGCUGCGCGCCCUGACCAGCACCCUGCGCCUUCCACGCCCCUGGAGGCCCCUUCGCACCCGCAGCUGCGCCUCCCACGGAGCUACCGGAGACCCGGAGAUCCAAGUGCGCGCCCUGACCGGCCGCGACCAAGGAAUCACUGAGAUUCUGAUGAAUAGACCAAGUGCCCGCAACGCCCUGGGGAACAUCUUGGUCAGCGAGCUGCUGGAAGCUCUGGCCCAGCUACGGGAGGACCAGCAAGUGCGUGUUCUGCUAUUCAGAAGUGGAGUGAAGGGUGUGUUCUGUGCAGGUGCAGACCUGAAGGAGCGGGAGCAGAUGAGUGAGGCAGAAGUGGGGAUCUUUGUCCAGCGGCUCCGAGGCCUGAUGAAUGAGAUUGCAGCCUUCCCUGCGCCCACCAUCGCAGCUAUGGACGGGUUUGCCUUGGGCGGAGGCCUGGAACUCGCCCUGGCCUGUGACCUCCGAGUGGCAGCUUCCUCAGCUGUCAUGGGGCUGAUCGAGACUACCCGAGGCCUCCUCCCCGGAGCAGGAGGGACUCAGAGGCUGCCUCGAUGCCUGGGGGCGGCCCUGGCAAAGGAGCUCAUCUUCACAGGCCGAAGACUGAGUGGUGCACAGGCCCAAGCCCUGGGGCUGGUGAACCACGUUGUUUCCCAGAAUGAGGAGGGCAACGCCGCCUACCAUCGGGCACGGGAACUGGCCCAGGAGAUCCUGCCCCAGGCACCCAUUGCUGUGCGGCUGGGCAAAGUAGCCAUUGAUAGAGGAAUGGAGGUGGACAUCUCAUCAGGGAUGGCCAUUGAAGGAAUAUGCUAUGCCCAGAACAUCCCCACUCAGGACCGCCUAGAGGGCAUGGCAGCCUUCAGGGAGAAGCGGCCCCCCAGAUUUGUUGGCAAGUGACUCCCAUUUAACUAUAAGCAUGGGAGAAGCCUGCCUUCCAGGGCAGGAUCCAAAAGGAAAAUUUGCAGGGUGACUGUUCAUCAUUUCACCUCUCUGGGCUUUAGUCUCCUCACAAUGACAAGGACAGAUAUAAAACUGGAAUGGUGUUUGAUACCAAGGUCCUGCCCAUGCCACCUACAGCUAUAUUCAUAAUUCCUCAUCCUGGCUAGAUAAUCACUGGGGUCAAGUUGGCUUUGGAGAAUAUGUCUCUCCCUACUCAAAUGGUAAACUAAGGAUUAAAACAGACCAUCUGGGCCUUUGUAUUAUUGGCUCUCAGGCCUGACCUCUGCCUCUCAGUUAUCGGGUGCUCACCAGAGAUGGCAAAAGGUUGUAAGAACCCUCCAGUUUCUUCCUCUGUACAACAGAGAUAACACAGAAACCCUGGUAGUGGCUGAACAGGCAUCAGGAAUCAGACUGCAGAUCCCAGCUCUCUGCCAUUCAUUGUGUGCCUCAGCUUCCUCAUCUGCAAAAUGAAACUGCUGUGAGGAUUAAAAAAAAAGCCUACGCCUCAUGUUCAAUAAACC